UCUUUCCAGUAGUUAUAACAUUAAUCUGAGUUUGUACCGGAGCGCAUAUAUAUAUAUAUAUAUAUAUCAGGUGCGUGCGUGUACAACGAUGGAUUCAAGAGCCACACUGAAUCUCCAAGAUCAGAAGGACGUAAGGAAUGUUCUGCAGAAUCCUAGCUUAGUACCAACAAGUUUCAUGUGGCCGAAAGAGGACCUGGUGAGUGGUGGUGAAGAGCUCAACGAGCCUCUGGUGGAUCUUGAUGGGGUUUUGAAGGCUAACGCCGAUGAAGCCGUGAAACAGCGUGCAAUCGAGCACAUUAGGUCAGCUUGCUUGAGCCAUGGAUUCUUCCAAGUCACCAACCAUGGCAUCGAACCCUCACUCAUCGACGAAGCUCAUCAACAUAUGCUUUCCUUCUUUAAGCUUCCGGUGGAUGAAAAGCUCAGGGCCAUGAAGAAGCCUGGUAGCACCUUUGGCUUCUCUGGUGCUCAUGUUGAGCGUUUUACUUCUAAGCUUCCCUGGAAAGAGACUCUCACUUUUGCAUAUCACCAAGAUUCCAAAGAUCCUGUGGUGGACUUCUUCAUUUCCACUCUAGGGAAAGAUUUUGAACACACAGGGAGGGUGUAUCAGAGGUACUGUGAAGCAAUGAAGCGCUUAUGCUUGGAUAUACUGGAACUACUGGCAAUUAGCUUGGGAGUUAGUGAUAGAAUGUACUAUAGAAGGUUUUUUGAAGAUGAUUUUUCAAUGAUGAGAUGUAACUAUUACCCUCCUUGUCAUGACCCAAGUCUUUCCCUUGGCACUGGUCCUCAUUGUGAUCCAACAUCCAUUACCAUACUUCAUCAAGAUCAAGUUACAGGUCUUGAAGUUUUCCUCAAGAACAAAUGGUACUCCAUUCCACCUAUUCAAGAUGCCUUCGUUGUUAAUCUUGGGGAUACCUUCAAGGCGCUAACAAAUGGAAUAUACAAGAGUUCGCUACAUAGGGCAGUGGUGAACAGGUACAAGGAGAGGAAAUCACUAACUUUCUUUAUGUGCCCCAGAGGAGACAAGGUGGUGAGACCCCCGCAAGAUCUUGUGUUGGCUGUAGGAACAAGAAAGUACCCGGAUUUUACUUGGUCUCAAUUCCUGGAUUUCACUCAAAAAAAUUACAGAGUUGAUGAAUUUACCCUCCAACAUUUCUCCAACUGGAUUUCAGCUUCCAAACCACUCAACAAAUUAGAUAUAUAUAAAAAAGAUGCCAUAUAAAUAUUACACACACACACACAUCUCCCUCUCUCUCUAUAUAUAUUAAUUUAAUUUGUGCUUUUGGGAUUUGAAUGAUUCCAUCUUGUUUUGUUUGCCUCUUUGAUCCAUGUUGUUUCAAUAAAUGUUGUU